AUGGCUCGGAACUGGGAAGAAAGAUAUGCCUUCCAUAUCAAACAAUUGGAAGAGCGUGUGGCCGAGGAGAGCAAGGGCGAUUUGACAGGAAGACUAUGGCUGAGCCAGCCGCUUGUAGCCGACAGACUUAGUGUCCCUGAAAAUGCGUGGAACAGCGCUAUCAACCCAUGGUCCUCCAGCGUAGAGGAAACCGUCUUCCAAUUGAGCGGAUCGCAUGAGCCAUCCGCUGUUACGCACGGUGGGUUCUUUGACUUGCAGCCAAUGGCAGAAACAAUGCGGAACAAAUCUAUUUUCAUUACUCUUCAACCCAAAGAUGAUGUCUUUCUCGCGGUUUGCCCCAUCAUUUCAGUGCAGGAAGGAGAUACCCUUGGCAUAUUUGCCGGGUUGAUUCGGUACUCUUCAGAAUACAGCGUUGUCUACGGUAUACCUGGCCCCGAAGAAAACCUUUGGCUAGAUUACUCCACGGUGACUGGGGUACUAAACUUGAUGAAGGUAUCUGCUCCUGGAGCUGACUCCAAUGUUCGUCUUCAGUGGGAGCUCAUUGAUGGGCGGAGUGAAGGGGGUCUCAUGUGGAAAGUCUCGGUCGUUGCUCUUCGGGCAAUUCAACCGUUUGAAGAAAUUGUUCGCGCUGCUCCUCAAAAAGAACAAUAUCUCUUGCACCAGUCGCCGGCUUGCGCAAAGCGAGGAUAUAUGAAGUACCGAAGUUCCUGA